AUACCCGCGCAAGAUGACGCGCAGGAAAACAAAAAUGGCGUCGGAAGACCUUCCUUCGUCUUCUUCGCUCUUGCAGAUGUUUUCAACCUCCUCUUUCUCUCCUGAAAAAUAUGUUCAUGGAUUAUCUUCUGAAUGUGACACUGAUGCCGAACUUCAAGAACACCGAGGUCAAAUCCAAGCUUUAAGCGAAGAAACAGCCAUAGCACUGAAGAAAAAUGUCUAUAAGAAUUACAUACAGUUUAUCGAAACGUCAAAGGAAAUAUCUUACCUUGAGGCAGAAAUGUACCAACUCAGUCAUCUCCUAGCUGAACAAAGAGCUCUACUUUCUGCCCAAGAAGAGCUGUCACUAUUUGAAAAGCAAAAAACAAAUUCAACAAGCAAGCCCCUAAAGAAGGAAGAAAAGACAAGUAGCUCGAUUGAAGCUGUUGAGGGACUUUCAAGUAUUUUAGAUGUAACAGAUCUUCAGUGUAUCUAUGAAGGAAGUCUCCUGGAAGUUAACCCUUUCUCAUAUCAACCCAAACAAAAAGUCCAUGCUUUUCUCCUCCAUGACUGUAUGGUCAUUGCCAGCUCUAUUCCCAACAGGCGUGGUCCUGUAAGAUAUAAAUUUCAGUCACUAUAUGAACUUGAAAAUAUUGCUGUGGUUAAUGUCAAGAACUCAGAAGGUGUUAAAGAUGCCUUUAAGAUUUUGCUCUUCCCAGAGACUCACAUAUAUCAAACAGAAAAUGCACAGUUAAAAAAUGAGUGGCUAUCAAACAUUGAAGACUGUAAAAAGAAUUUCAAACUUAAGCUUGAGCAAGAGGUACAUGACACAACCCAAGAUCGCCGCACAAGCCACCAGAACUCCUUUUCAGGUUACGACAACCAGCUUAACCCCUUUAAUUAUGAUGAUGACAAGAAUCCAUUCAAAGAUGAUGAUUUGAAUCCUUUUGCUUCUUCUAAUGGUGAUUUAGGCAAUCCUUUCCUAGAUGAUGAAAACAAAGGUUCAAAUGUUGAUAUAACACCAAAACCAAGUGCCACAUCUACAAAAAGUGCAAAGAAUGAAAAGAACUGGCUGAUAGACCUACCAGAGGACCUAGAUGUUUGUAUUGCACAACGAGACUUUGAAAAAGCUAUGGAACUAAUAGAUAAAACGAACCAGUUCCUAAAAGAAUCAUCCAGCAGCCAAGCUCUAAAGGAAAUUAAGGUUCGAGUGGAUCACAGGGUGAAACAACUAGUCGAAGCACUAAUUGAGGAACUUGACUGUCACCAAAGUAUCUUGCUACAUGGUGGACCACGUGCUACACGACGUGCUGUGUCUCUCUUGGUUCGUCUUGGAAGAGCUUCGGAGGCUUGUCAACUAUUCCUGAAGAAUAGAAGUGAGGCGAUCAAACAAAGUUUAAGGCAAUUAAAGAUCGAAGGAGCUACUGCAUUAUACAUCACCAAGCUGUCCAACGUGUUCUUCACGAGUCUUAUCGAAACAGGCAAAGAAUUCCAAAAGGUGUUCGCUGGUAACUCGGGAUUUUGCUCAGCCUUUGUGAUGUGGGCUAACGCUGAGUUACAGAAUUUUGUAGUACGUUUUUCUCGUCAAGUGUUUCAUCGUAACAUUGGGCUUGGAGCCAUGGGUGUGUGUGUGGGUAUUGCAUCAGAGAACUGUGAAAAGCUCAAUGAAAUCGGUCUGGAUUUAAAGUUUUCCAUACAGCAUAUGUUACUAAAGGAUCUAAUGGAGGCGCUGUUUGACUGUCGUGAUCAGUUGGUAGCUGCUGCAAGACAGAGGGCAGUGGAAGAAUUGUGGCACCCACAGAAUUUUGAAAACCUGACUACCUUAAUCUGCGAAAUGGAAAGCUGUGGAAUAAAGGAUUUUAACACCUUAAUUCUAGGUGAUAAUAAAGUGAACCUGGCUAGUGCUACAAUCGCUUUUACUAAAAGCAUUACUGGUUUCCUAGAAGAUGGAUUGAGAGUCAAUACACCAGAGUUGCACAGCGUACUGGUCGAGUGUGUGGCCGAUCUGUUUAAAAAUCAAGUAAUGCAGUUUGAAUAUACCCUGAAAUCUAGUAACUUCUCUGGACAGCGACCAUUUAUUCUCAAGAAUGCUGCAUUUGUCUUGGAAACGGUCCUACCAAUAGUGAAAAAGAAAUUAAAGCGUCAGACCGGUCAUGACCCUGCCCGUAUCAAUGAACUAGAAUCGGAACUUCCAAGACUACAGAGCUUGUCCGUAAAGUAAAAGUAAAACAACAUUAUUCCGGGUGCAUGUUACGUCAUAGCCGCCAUUUUGGUUGACGAUAACAAAGCAUUCCUUAUUAGCUUCUCUUGUUAGAUCAACCAAUAUGGUGGCUGGUUCAUUGUUAUUUACAUGUCAAGGGGUUUUGAGUCAUGUGGUUGCACCCCAAGAUCAGUAUCGCCCAGUGACGUUCUUAUACCACCAAACCAUACGAAGGGGGUGUGUGUGGGUGGUCAAAAUGGCAACCGAUUCUGCCGUCCUUGUAUCCUAAAUAGUUGAUAGACGAUAACAAGGGUAGUACAGGAGUUGAAGAUAUAGGAACUUUCAACCGAUCGUUAAAACUCCAGCUGUAGAAAAAAUGUUAGGCAACCAGCAUCGAGGAAAGUUAGCAAAGCUGAGGUUUCACUUUUCCUUUUGAAAUUCUGGAUUUCGAGACCAACAAAUGAAAAAAAUAAAAUAAAAAGCACACACAAUCAUAAAAAUUAUAAGGUUGGACCAAAUGGAGGGUUCUAACCAUUUGGACCUCUGGGAGGGGCAUACACAAUGGUAACGUAAUAAAAACUGAUAACUAAAUAUCGAGACGAUUUUUGUCGCAAGAAAAAAAAGCUUUAUCAAAUCGCAAACCGUUACCAAGUUGACAAAAAAUAGAAUGACGAAAGAUAGGCGGGCUUACGAGAUCUAUUAGACUAUCCAACAAAGCAAAGUCACAAAACCUACUGUUAAAAUUAUGUGUACUGAUUUUUUUUUUUUAAUUUAAAGUUCAAAAUAUUUCAAAAAAAUUAUAAAAGGUCUUGUCU